GCCCCCAAAUCAAAAGUAGAAGAAGUAACACCAACUUCCGGGGCGGGGCUUGAGUAAUUGGGUAAAAGGUGAAGACCGUCGCUGACCGCCUGCCGCUUUGACCGCACCUGUCCGCGCACACCUGAGGCACCAUGCUGCAGAACACGGGGAAGCUAGCUGGCUGCACGCUCUUCAUCACGGGCGCGAGUCGCGGCAUCGGGAAAGCCAUCGCUCUGAAGGCGGCCAGAGACGGCGCCAACGUGGUGAUCGCCGCCAAGACGGCCGAGCCGCACCCCAAGCUGCCGGGGACCAUCUACACCGCCGCGGAGGAAGUGGAGGCGGCGGGGGGGAAGGCGCUGCCGUGCGUCGUUGACAUCCGAGACGAACAGCAGAUCGGAUCAGCUGUUCAGAAAGCCGUCGACACGUUUGGAGGUAUCGACAUCCUGGUGAACAACGCCAGCGCCAUCAGCCUGACCGGGACGCUGGAGACCCCCAUGAAGAAGGUCGACCUGAUGCUGGGGAUCAACCUGAGAGGAACGUACCUGACGUCCAAGCUGGUCAUCCCUCACCUGCUGAAGAGUCGCAGUCCUCACAUCCUGAACCUCUCCCCGCCCCUCAACCUCAACCCGGUCUGGUUCAAGAACCACACGGCGUACACCAUGGCCAAGUAUGGCAUGUCCAUGUGCGUCCUGGGAAUGGCUGAAGAGUUCCGGGGUCAGAUCGCCAUAAAUGCCCUGUGGCCAAAAACAGCAAUCCAGACGGCUGCUAUGGACAUGCUGGGUGGAGAGGGCGUGGCUAAGCAGUGUCGUACAGCAGACAUCAUGGCGGACGCCGCUUACGCCAUCCUGUCCAAACCGCAGGACUACACGGGUCACUUCCUGGUGGACGAGGACGUCCUCAGAGCGCAGGGCGUCCAGGACUUUGAGCCGUAUGCCGUCCAUCCGGGUCAUCCUCUGCUGCCAGACUUUUUCCUGGACGACAGCCCGGACCUGUUGGUCCAGCAGAUGGAGCAGCACGGGGCAACCCCAGCCUUCAAACCACCGCCAGGGUCCUCGGCUCCACCCCUUUCCAGUGGACCAAUAGAAAGCACGUUUGAUGUCAUCAGAGGUGUUCUCAGUGAGGACGUUGUCAAAUCGACGCAGGGUGUAUACAGGUUUGACCUGUCAGGGGAGCAUGCGGGCGUCUGGUUCCUGGAUUUGAAGAGCGGCGCUGGUAGCGCGGGGAAAGGCGACCCGCCGCUUAAGGCCGACGUGGUCAUGAAGAUGGAUUCUGGGGACUUCAGUAAAAUGUUUUCAGGGAAGCUGAAGCCCACUCUGGCCUUCAUGUCUGGGAAGCUGCAGAUCAAAGGUGACAUGACGCUCGCCAUCAAACUGGAGAAACUGAUGGGCCGCAUGAACAAGGCCAAGCUGUGACGGGGCGUCCUCGAGGCCUCGCCGUGCUCUGAGGACACGCUGGUCUGCGCCGCACAUGUUGCCUUAAUGCAGCUACUUUUCCAGACAGGAAUCCUUUGGAACGGCUGCUCCUGGUGACCUGCCUUAGGUCUGAGUCCGGGGGGGGCGAUCUAACCCCUGUAUCGGCAUGGUAACCAUCAAUAAAAUGGUCGGUUUGACAUGA